UUGGUUCUAACACUCUAUAGAAUUUAUGAAAAAAAACACUUUAUAUAGAUGUGUAUAUUUUUUGUGAAAAUCUCACUGCAAGGAAAAGUAUCUUGUUACUAUUUUUCUACUUUCCAUUUUCUUGGCAGAUACGAAGUAACCUAUUUUUAAAAUAUUGUAUAUAGUUAUUUAAAAUAAAAAAUUGUAUUAAAUCUAUAAUAAAAAAACAAUACCUAUACAACGUCAAAAUUUGCAGUAUUGGCGACAUUUCCACAAUAUUGGAAACUUUGGAAAAAUGUUGUCAUUGAUGCUGUAAAUCCAGAUGCUGCAAAAAGUUGAUUUUCUACGUCGAAAUGGAAGCAUACAAUUCUCAUUUCAAAAUAAUUAAAUAUUUCGCAAGUAUUCUAGGGUUAUGGCCCAGUCAAUCGAAAUUUAUGAAAUAUUCAAUGACCACUUUUGCUUGGCUUCUCCUUAUGAGUCUUCUGAUAGCGCAAUUGCUGGCUAUAAGAAAUGUUUAUGAAAGCCUGGACCUUUUGAUUAUUUGGAUGCCACCUUUCAUUGUGAAUAUUUUUGUUAUUUGUUACUUAACAACCGCUUGUGUCAAAAGAAAUAAGUUAGAACUAAUUUUCUCAAAAAUGAAGGAGAAUUAUCUGCAUUAUGAAUCGGAGUUAGAAUUCGAAAUUUUAGAGGAAUAUGGACUUCUUACAAAAAAUAUAAACAAAGUUGCAGUUAUUCUAUUUUAUACAUUCUCUACAGAAUAUAUUUUCUUCACACUUGUUCCAUGUUUUUUGGAUUUAAUAAGACCGUUAAAUGAAUCACGACCAAGAACUUUUAUAUUAAUUGCAGAAUAUUUUGUUAAUCCUAACGUUUUUAAUAAUUAUUUAGCAAUAUGGAUACAUCAAAUGCUCAUGACUACGUUACUAACUACAGUUAUAUUAACUAUUGAUGGAAUCUUCGAAGUUUUUAUCUUUCAUGCUUGUGGUCAAUUUGAAAUAUUAGGAUUAAAAAUAAAAAACAUGGUAAAAUUUGAUUACAACCAGUCUAAUUCUUUUGAGAAAAAUGUAAAAAAGGAAAUUCGAUUUUUUGUUCAAAAACAUCAAUCAGUUAUAAUGUUUGUAUUAAAAUCAAAUAACGUCAAAUGUAAAUUUUUCAAGAUCAUAAUUUUUUCAAUAAUCUUUUUAAGGUUAGUAAAUGAUAUCAGUGAUGUCUUUUCAUUCAUUUACUUUAUUGGUUUGGGAUUCAAUAUGAUAGUGAUAAGCUUCACAGGAGUUCAGAUAAUCAUGAAUCUUGGUAAUACGACUGAAACUACUAAAAUACUGUCAUAUAAUUUUAUUCUAAUUUUUCGACUAUUUUGUUUAACACUGCCAUGUCAAUGUCUAAUCGAUCAAAGUACUCUACUUUUUGAGAACAUAUAUGAAUGCUACUGGUAUAAUUUAUCUCCGCAGUCAAAUAAAUUGCUGGGAAUCUUAAUGCUGAUGUGUAUGAAACCCGUCACUUUUACAGCAGGAAAAUUGUACACUUUUUCAAUGAAUAGCUUUAGUAAUGUGGUAAGAACGUCCGUAUCAUAUUUUAUGGUCUUGUUGUCACUACGUGAAUAAUUGCACUUGUAUUACUCUUUUUCUUGGUGAAAUUUCCACGAAUGAUGCAGACAACUGCAUCUCAGUUUACAACGUUUAUCUUUCGUUUACUGUCAGUUAUUACAAAGUUACCUAU